AUCUCAAUGGGCGUUUUUGAGUUUCUUGGGAUAAUCAGCCAUUUCUCUCUGCGGCUUCAUCCCACUUUAUCUCUUGCCGGGGAGGUCUCCAAUAUCGCCGGACACGUCAAGCUGAGCAGAAAGGUUGCCAUUUUGAAAGUUUGGAGCGCAUUGGAUCCGGAGUCGUGCUUUCCUCGGACCAGAUCAGAACUCCGCAGCUCCUCCCACACCCUGGCAUGCUUGCCAUGCCGACGACAUGAGAACAAUCGGUUCGGUCCUGUGGCCGAAGUUCAGAGUCUUGCAGAUAUAUGGCGCCAAUACUGGAGUCGGCAAGACAAUUUUCAGCUCGAUAUUGUGUCGGGCUUUCAGGAAGAAGCUGGAAAUUGUCAAGUACCUGAAGCCGAUCUCCACCGGUCCGCUGGAGGAGGCAGAUGACCAUCACAAUAAAUCUUUCAAUGGCAACAUUGUUGACUCGAAAUGUCUCUUCCAGUUCGACGAUCCUGUGAGUCCGCACCUCGCGGCUCGAGUCAUGGGCAGAGACCUACCAGAUGCAGAAGUUCAAGCUGCGGUCUAUGAUGAACUGAAGUCCUACGUCAAUGGCCGGCAAGGCAUCGCCAUUGUUGAGACAGCAGGAGGUGUGCUGUCUCCAUCGCCUUCGGGAAGUUCGCAGGCAGAUCUGUACCGACCACUGCGUCUUCCAUCUCUGCUUGUUGGGGACCACAGACUGGGGGGUAUCGCAACGACAAUAUCAGCAUGGGAGUCUCUGCAUGUUCGAGGUUACGAUGUCCCAGCGAUAGCGCUGUUCACUGGACGAAGGUACCAGAACUACGAGUACUUGAAGGACUACUUCUACGAACGGCAGGUCGAGACGUUCGCUGCUGAGGAGCCUCCGGAGCGGCAGUCAUCAGCUGAGGCAGACCGGAAAGCAAUGCAGGAAUAUUAUCAAGCGAUGAGCGAGCAUCCCGAAGUCGACGCCUUUACAGAAAGCUUUCUUGAAUCGCACGAGCAACGAAUCCAGGACCUGCGAAUCAUGUCUGAGGUCGCCAAUGAGGCUAUUUGGCACCCAUUUAUGCAGCAUACCGAACGUUCGAAAGAUACCGUCACGGCUUGGGACUCUGCUUACGGAGACCAUUUUCAAGCUUACCGAACAGCGCAUGAGGGUGAAUUGAGAUCGGACCCCAAUACAUCUCUGCUCAAGCCCGCUUUUGACGGCUCUGCAUCAUGGUGGACGCAAGGUCUUGGUCAUGGUAACCCGAAGCUAGCACUUACAGCAGCGCAUGCCGCAGGAAGAUACGGGCACGUAAUGUUUGCAAACGCAAUACAUCAGCCUGCUCUGGACUUGGCCACGACCGUGAUCAACAAGUCUGGAAAUCCACGAUUGGCAAAGGUCUUUUACUCGGACAACGGUUCAACAGGCAUGGAAGUUGCAGUGAAAAUGGCACUUCGAGCUACAGUGGAGAGAUACAAGCCUCAAGACCGCAAAAACCUGGAUAUUCGGAUUGUUGGGCUGACAAACAGCUACCAUGGCGACACAAUUGGUACAAUGGACUGUUCGGAGCCCAGCAUUUACAAUGAGAAAGUUGAGUGGUAUCGGGGUCGCGGUAUCUGGCUUGACUUUCCCACAGUGAAGAUGAGCAAAGGCCAGUGGCUUGUCGAUCCAGUGGAAGGCACAGGCGAGGUGAAGCAUUUUGACUCUCUGAGUGCAAUCUUCAAUUUCCAGCACCGGCAGCAGGACGCAGAGCAAUACAGAAAGCACAUCCGAGAGAUCCUGCUCCAGCGCGUCAAGGCCGAAGGCGCCAGUCUCGGAGCUCUCGUCAUUGAGCCUAUCAUCUUGGGUGCAGGCGGUAUGCUCUUCGCUGAUCCGCUCUUCCAGAGAUGCCUUGUAGAAGUUGCAAGGACUUUCUACAACGAAUCGUUCGAGCCAACCUCAAUUCCAACAGCGUCCGCCAGCACCAACGAUGCGUUAGAUUGGCAAGGCAUGCCCGUCAUCUUCGACGAAGUCUUCACCGGCCUCUACCGCCUCGGCCGUUUCAGCGCAGCAAGUUUCCUCGGCGUACAGCCUGACAUCGUGGUCAACGCGAAGCUUCUCACAGGAGGACUCUUACCCUUGUGCACCACAACAGCCAGUAACGCUAUCUUCGAAGCCUUCCUGAGCAACGACAAGACAGACGCUCUCUUGCACGGACACAGCUAUACCGCACACCCGGUCGGCUGCGCCGUCGCAAACGAAAGUCUCCGAACAUUCGACAAUCUCGAAAGCUCAGGUGCAUGGGAUACAUUCAAGCAGGAUUGGACUUCACCUUCAUCGGCAUCCUCAAACGCUGCGACAUGGAGCAUGUGGUCCCAAUCCUUCAUCAAUACCGCCUCACACAAAAACUCAGUAGACCACGUCUUCGCGCUCGGAUCUGUCGUGGCAAUCUGUCUCAAGGAUCCAUCCGGAGGAGGCUACGCUUCGACAGCAGCCACUGGACUCCGCGACCAGCUUCUCGAGAUCCCAGGAGCAGAUGGAAGUGUGAUGCAUUCGAGAGUCAUGGGCAAUGUGUUGUACUUGAUGGCUGCUUUGACGACCACAGAGGCAACGCUGAAAAGUAUCGAGGAGAGGGUAUUGAGUGCGCUGGCAUAGGAUUAGAACAGAGGUUCUUGAAUGUAAGCAAUGAUGUAGGAUCUUCUCCAGAUCUGGGGACUGUGUAUAGAGAUAUUAGUAUCUCUACCGCAUGGCCCUCUUGCUUUGCAACCAAACUCUCGUCGAAGCUCUGAUAGUGCGAUCGCUACUUUUCUCUUGAAGCCGUUGCGCAGACUCGUGACUCCACAUCCUCUACCUCGCAGUCUUUUCGAAGCAUUUCCGAGGCCGUCAUUUUGUCCUCUCCUCACAGGUGCAGUCUUGCCCG